AUGCUGGCGUCUCAGCUUCAACUCCACCAUCUCUCCGCCGUCCUCCUCCACCAAACCAACCGGAAAGCUGCUCCAACCACCAACACCUCCAAAUUCCCCCACCUCUUCCCAAUUUCCUAUUCCCUCCACCAACACCAACCCCAAGCACUUCAAAAUCAAGAUACCGCCACCAAUUUGCAUAAUGAAGAUAACAUUCUGCGAACUCAUAACGCCCAGUCCACCGCCCUCCUCCUCCACCACCUAUCUCCCCAAGAACAACAGAACUCACAUUCACCACAUGAAAAUCGACCACUAUUGCGCAGAGAAUCUAAAGAAAAGCAGUUGGAAAUUUCACGUGUAAACAAAAGGGCACCUCAAUUUCCCGGCUCUAUUAACGCUAACGCUUCUUCACAAACUGUUAAUAGUUCUUCCAAAAGCGAAAAAUUUGAUGAUGAUGGGAUGCUAAUGAAGGCGCUUGAGAUAAGGAGGAAAGUGACUGUGGAGAUUUUCAAAGAUGCUAUGAGAAAGGGCAAGUUUGGGAUUACUUAUGUUAAUAAUUUGGUUUUGGAAUUGUCCGAUUUUAUCGAUUUUGUUAUGAUUCAAGCUGCUUCCAUGAAGCAAUUGCCCGAAUUCUCAAUGUCGUCCUAUAAUGUUCGUGCCGAGGCCUUCAUUGAUGACUCUAAUGUUGUGCCUCUUAUAAGAUGGUUGAAACACAAUUCACUUUCGUAUCCCCAAAUUGGGAGGCUUAUAUGCACUUCAAGAGGAAAUCUUAAUUCCAUAAGAAGGCUGGCUGAAUGGUUGAAGUUGAUCCAUGUGAAUGGGCGAUUUAUAGGUGUGGCAUUGACACGAGCUGGUGAAAAUAUAUUGGAACGCAGCUUAGAGGACUUGGAUGAGAUUGUUGAGUAUUUAGAGGACAAUGGCCUGAGGAGGGAUUGGAUGGGCUAUGUCAUUAGUCGAUGUCCCGAGAUUUUGUCCUUUAACAUGGAAGAAGUGAAGUUUCGAACGGAAUUUUAUUUGAACAUGGGUAUGGAUAGAAAUGACUUUGGAACUAUGCUUUUUGACUGUCCCAAGGUGUUUGGUUACCUCUCUGUGGAAGAGAUGAACCAAAAGGUAGCUUAUCUAAAGGAGUUUGGCCUCAAUAAUGAAGAUGUAGGGAGACUUUUAGCAUUUAAACCACAACUGAUGAUUUGCAGCAUUGAAGAUAGAUGGAAGCCUCUUGUUAAGUAUUUCUAUUACCUAGGGAUUUCUAAAGAUGGUAUGAGAAGAAUCCUCACUAUGAAGCCAAUGAUUUUUUGUGUCGAUCUUGAGAAUACCAUUGUGCCAAAGGUUCAAUUUUUACGAGAUAUAGGCGUUCAAGAAGAUGCCAUUGGCAGUGUUCUUGCCAGAUUUCCCUCAUUAUUAACAUACAGCCUCUACAAAAAGAUACGCCCAGUGGUCAUUUUCUUGUUGACAAAAGCUGGGGUUUCCCAACAGAACAUAGGGAAGGUGAUUGCUUUAGGGCCAGAGCUUUUAGGAUGCAGCAUUGUGAAUAAACUGGAUCACAAUGUGAAAUACUUUUUAUCACUUGGUAUACCACUUCCAGUAUUGGGUGGAAUGGUAGCUAAUUUUCCGAUGCUACUUCGCUAUAACAUAGAUGUCCUUCGUCCCAAGUACCGUUACUUAAGGAGAGUGAUGAUUCGUCCUUUGCAGGAUCUCAUUGAAUUUCCAAGGUUCUUCAGUUAUUCUCUUGAUGAGCGAAUAAUUCCUAGGCACAAGAUCAUGGUGGAAAAUCGGGUUAAUUUUAAGCUGCGGUACAUGUUGGCAAGCACGGACGAAGAAUUCACUAAAAGAGUCGACGCUGCAGUGGGGAGACGCAGAAGUUUUGAAGCUGGUAUCAUGUAUGAUCAGCCAUUAGACAGUCCAGAUGACGCGGUCAUAGAAAACAAUGCUGUGUGA